GUACGGCACACACCCUGCAAGAAUAUCAACACGCAACAAAAUAUCACCGCCUCGGCAGUUCUUUUGCCUCCCCGCAUAUUCCUGUGAAAAUUUAUCCCAACCCAUGAUUUCCGCUCGAUAACUGAAGUAAAACCCCUACCAUUCUCUGAUUGUCGUAAGGAAAAAAAAAUUAAGCACUAAGGUUUUCAUGCAGGCACAUUGUCAACUUCAUUUUAUUAGCUUAAGGGACUGGAAUAGGGCUGCUACCUUCUCCUCUGAACGAAUUGAAAUUCCAGAAGAGCGAGUAUUGUCAUUGGAGUAUUAGUUGAAAUAUGGCACAUGAUACACGAUCUAGUCGGAAAAUCAAGGAUGAUGAGAAUAACAAUUCAAACGGGGGGCAAAUUAGUAGUAAAGGAUUAAGUACUUCAGGUUCUGGAGCAUCAGAUACAUCUGGCUUAAGGAGGUCUUCCAGAGAAACAUCAUUGAAGAAAAACAUAACUCUGAGCCCUUCUAGUACUAGGAAGUCUGAAAGACUUGAGAAAAAAAUGCCUGAAACUCCUCUAUUCAAGAGGAAAUCUGAGAGAUUUGAGAAGAAGUUGACUCCAAGUCCUUUGAGGAGAUCGGAUAGAGCCAAGAAUCACUCAUCAACUUCUUCUGGGUCUAAAAGAUCUGAUAAAAGCUCAGGUUCAUCAUUGGCGAAGCGGAAAACGGAAAAGAAAGAGAAGAGUGUGAAAGAAUUGACAUUGGGUACUAGAGAAGUUAGCAAAAGUGAGAAACAGAAUGUAGGACCUUGUCAUGGAAAAAAUAAGAUAAGAAAUGCUCGAGCUUAUAAGACACUCUUCACGAAACAUAGAAAGAAGCUUCAAGCACGAGAUCAUAGCGAGAAGCAGAGCAGGCAGAAUAAAGUCUCUCAGGGAGGUAGCAAUGCUUGUGGAAGUGAGAUUGAAGGGCUUGGUAAAGGCAUUGAGGAACUGAAUGAAGAAUUUGUUGGGAGAGUUCAUGAUGGAUCUUUGGUGGGAUCUGAUUCCAGUGUAAAUAAAUUAACAAAAGAAACAUGGGAAGAUAAUCCUGGAGUGGAUUUGUCCCAUUCAAGCCCUAGGCCUAGCUGCUUGGAGGAAGCUUCUGAGUUCAAAGAUGGUGAUGGCUUAGAAAUUCGUGAUCAACACCCACUGUCAUCAUCUUAUAAUGCCAUGAUGGAAGAGCUCAAUGAUGCACCUGAAAGGGUACAUGUAGAAUGCUCUGCAAUGGAAAAGUUGACGAUGCCAGAGUUGACAUGUUCUAUGUUCAAUGAAAGGUUACAUGAUGUCUACAUUGCCUCAAAAAUUGGUCACAGGGUCAUACCUUCAAAGAGGAAAAGGAACGUGGCAGACGGGGAUUCUGAUUCUCCAGUUAAUGCAAGUAAAGAUGUCUGCACCUUGACUGCUGAUGCUGUCUCUUCGUUGCCAUCUGGGUCCACAGAAGAUGUUUCUGUUGAGACGUGCGGUGCAUGUUUUAAGCGACGAAGGGUAGAAAAUGAUCUGAUGAAUCUGGAGUUUUGCUCUUGCAGCACAAAAUUAAAUCAGGAGUUAUGUGGUGCCUCUGUAACUGAGUUGCAUCCGGAUAGAGGAGAACUCAUAGCUGAUAGUACCAUGGGAGUUCCUGAAAACCUUAACACUUGUACGCAGCAAAAGGAGUUUUCUGCAGAUCUUCAAACAAAUGGCAACCAAAAUACAUGCCUCAUCUGUUCUCUUGGUGGGAAGCUCCUGGUCUGUGACGGAAGAGGAUGCAAGGGAAGUUACCACCUUUCUUGUCUAGAUCCUCCUAUGGAUGCUGUUCCUCUUGGAGUUUGGCACUGUUCCAUGUGUGUUAGGAAAAAGAUAGAUUCUGGUAUAUAUUCGGUGUCAGAGGGAAUUGAGUCAAUCUGGGAUGCUAGAGAGGUGGAGGUAUCUGAUGUUGAUGGAUUGUUAAAGAGGAAGGAGUUUUUUGUUAAAUACAAAGGUCUUGCUCAUAUUCACAAUCAAUGGGUACCAGAAAGUAAAGUGCUUCUUGAAGCUCCUACCCUUGUGGGAAAAUUCAACCGAAAUAACCAGGUGACAAGGUGGAAGAAAAAGUGGACUGUUCCACGUCGCUUGCUACAAAAAAGAUUGUUAAUGUCUCCCAAGCAGCGUGACAACUAUCUUAGGGAGCAUACUGGUGAUAACUUAUUUUGCCAUUAUGUAUGGCUUGUGAAAUGGCAUGGUCUUGAUUAUGAUGAUGCUACUUGGGAGUUAGAGAAUGCUGCAUUCUUGAAUUCACCUGAGGGUCAGGGCCUUAUAAGCGUUUAUGAAAACCGUCGUCAGAGGGCAAAGAAGGCUUCUAUUUCCCCUGAAACGGAUAAGAUACUUGAGGGUAAAAAAUGUUCAUCGGUUAAAUUAUUCCAACUGCCAGCUGGAGAAAUAUCUGGAUUUGAUAAUACUUGUCUAGACAACAUUAACAAGCUACGCGAGCUCUGGCACAAGGGGGAGAAUGCUGUUGUUUAUGAUCAGGAACGAAUCGCAAGGGUGGUUGCAUUUAUUCUAUCUUUGCACUCUGAUGCCCAUCGACCAUUUCUCAUCAUCUCAACUCCUCCUACACUUUGUUGUUGGGAUAAUGAGUUCUUCCAUUUGGCACCAUCUAUCGAUGUUGUGGUUUACAGUGGAAAUAAAGAUUUACGGAGAAGUAUUAGGACAAUAGAGUUUGAUGAGGCUGGUGGUUGUAUGAUGUUUCAAGUACUUGUUACCUCACCAGAGGCUAUUAUUGAGGACAAAAAUGUGUUCGAGUGCAUACGAUGGGAAACUAUCAUAAUUGAUGAGUGCCAGCGCCCUACAAUCUCUAAACAGCUGGUGCAGAUUAAGAUGCUACGUACUCAUAAUUGGCUUCUCCUUGUCAAUGGAAUAUUUAAGGAGAGUAGUGCUGCUGAGUACCUUAGCUUGCUGUCUGUCCUUGACUCUCACGGCAAUUCACAAAACGGUGAUCAUUUGCUAACCAGUUCUGGUGAUAUUAUUGGUAAACUAAAAGAGAGGUUCUCAAGGUAUAUUGCAUAUGGAGAUAUUAUUGGUAAACCCAAACCUGACUCUUCCAGGUUUAUUGAGUACUGGGUUCCUGUACGUAUAUCAACCGUCCAGCUAGAGCAAUAUUGCGAAAAUCUACUGUCGAACUCCACGUUGAUUCUCUCAUCAGCAAAAAAAGAUCGUGUUGGAGCACUUGGAGGACUCCAUGAUACAGUUCUAUCUGCCCGGAAGUGCUGUGAUCAUCCCUACACUGUGCAUCCACCCUUGCAAACCUUGCUUACUAAAGACCUUCAAGCAGUUGAGUAUUUGGAUGUAGGAGUCAAAGCAAGUGGCAAGCUUCGGCUUCUUGACAUGAUGCUUAAAGAGAUAAAGAAUCGAAGUUUAAGAGUACUCAUCCUUUUCCAGUCAAUCAGUGGUUCAGGAAGUUCUUAUUCUCUUGGAGAUAUUUUGGAUGAUUUCCUGCGUCAAGGGUAUGGUGAAAAUUCCUAUGAACGCAUUGAGUUUGGUGUUCUCCGUUCUAAGAAAGAUGUUGCCAUGAACAUGUUCAACAAUAAGGAGAAUGGUAGAUUUGUGUUCUUAUUGGAGGCUCAUGCCUGUCUUCCCAGCAUCAAACUGUCAUCGGUUGAUACUGUAAUCAUAUUUGGUAGUGACUGGAAUCCACAUAAUGAUAUAAGAGCCCUGCAAAAAAUAUCACUUGAUUCACAAUUUGAGGAAAUAAAAGUAUUUCGUCUAUAUUCAACGUGUACCGUGGAGGAGAAACUUCUAGUUCGUGCAAAGCAGGGGAAGAUUCAUGAUAGCAAUAUACAGAAUAUAAGCAGUAGUAUACUUCUGUGGGGGGCUCCUUACCAAUUUGAUAAAUUAGAUGAGUUCCACUGCUGCAACACCACAGCCUCCACUGCAAAUAUCUUGCCUGAGGAAUCACUUCUGAAUGAUGUCAUCCGGGAGUUCUUGUCCGUACUUCCUCAGGAUGGCAACAACAAUGUCUUAUGCGAUUUCUCUAUCAUUUCAAAAGUUCAACAAAAUGGAGGAACUUACAGUGCAGAGGUUCCAUUGCUUAAUGAGCUGAAAAGUCAACAUACUGGUGAAGGGCAGCCCCUUAAUUUUUGGACAAAACUGUUGGUAGGAAAGCAUCCUCCGUGGAAAUAUUGUUCUGGUUUGUCUCAGAGGAACCGGAAACGGGCACAACAUCUUGAUGAGUUAUCAAAGAAACCAGAAGUUGGUAGUGAUGAAGUUGUAAAAAAGCGCAAGAAGGUGGUAAAUGGUAAUGACAAUGCACCCUAUCCAAAGCCGGGAUCAGAGGGGAAAUCAGUUCCUGGAUGCAAGGAAGUAUUGUCUGUGGAUAUAAAUGUCUUAGAAAAUCCAGAAAGUAGCAUGUUUGAGUCUGAGGAGAGAAGAAAAUUACGUGAUGCCCAGAAGAGUCUUCAUCAACUUUUGAAGCCAGAGAUAUUAAAACUAUGUGGAAUCCUAGAAGUCUCUGAUGCUGUCAAGGUCAUGGUCGAAAAGUUUCUUCAAUAUGUAAUGAGUAAUCACCAUGUUAAUAGAGAACCAGUGACAAUACUGCAGGCAUUUCAGAUAUCUCUGUGCUGGACUGCAGCUUCAUUUCUGAAGCAGAAAGUCGACCACAAAGAAUCUAUUCAACUUGCAAAGAAGCAUCUUAACUUCAAUUGCAAAAAGGAAGAGGCUGACUAUGUUUAUUCAAUGCUGCGGUGCCUGAAAAAAACAUUUUUAUACCAUACAGGGAUUUUUAAGGCUGCAGAAUCUCCAAAGUUAGCUAAAUUAUCAACUAAAGAUGUUUUGAAGAAUUCACAUCCAAAGGUUUCACGGUCAACAACUUCUAACUUUCAGCAGGUCAAAUCAGAUGUUAAAGACUUGUCACUGAAGCAAGAAAAAUUAGCACAAAAAGAUGUCUCAAAAAGUAUUAAAGAUAUUCAGAAAAAGAUCCAGAAGCAAAUGACAAAACUUAAUGAGAAGCAAAUCAAAGAGAGAAGUGAAGUUUUGAGAACUUGCCAGGAAGAAAAGGCGCAUCUAGAAGCAGAAUCAGUUGUUAUUCGGUCUUGUUUCCUAAAUAAUACAUCAAUGAGAACAGAAAAGCUAAAGAUGUUGGAAAAGAAAAUUGAAGAAAAUAAAAACCAGACCAACCUAUGUCUUAAGAGUCUUGAGGCAUCGCAGCAGGAAGCACAGGAUAAGUUGAAGGAGAUGGGGAAACGAUGGGUAGAGGAAGUGCAGUCCUGGGCUCGUGUUGAAUUGUUAAAUAGAUCACCUUCAAAUACACCUGAGCCUUGGUUGGAAUGCUCAAGGACAAGUGAAUGUCUUAGAAUUAGUGAAGGUUGCAAAGAUUUUGCCACUUUAAGAGAUCAUGAUAUUGGUUGUGUUGUGCAUAGUAUGACAGGAGGAGUGACAGCACUGUCUCAAACUCCAGAUAGUGGUCCAGAUGAAGCUGAAACAUGUAGUGGUCCCAUUAGAACAGAGAUGACCACAGCUAGGCCACUUGGUGCAAAUGGUGCAUUAAAUAGAACUUCUGGUGAUGAUCAAGAGAACACUGCAUCUGUGAAUCCUUGUCCCAAAGCCGGAAUUACUGAUUGUGCCAAUGGGGAUUUUCUGCUUGAAGUUCAAGAAGUUGCCUGCUCUGAUUCACAGAAAGUUGUCACCUCCGGUCUUCCUUCGUUUGACGAAUGGAACCACAAUGCUGACACAUUACCCAUUUCUGAUGGGGAGGUCAGAGUGGAAGUUCCCGAAACUCUCUGUUCAACUGAUGGUCAACACGGUUCCCAUCCCUUGAAUCUGUCUUCUGUGCAACAGAAUCCUGAUGGGGCUACAUUAAGCGUGCCUGACAGAGAGGCUCCAGUGGGAUUGCAUGAGACUGUCAGUUCUCUUCGUGGUUUGCAAAAUGUUGUUUCUGUUAGGGCACCUUCGUCUGAACAAAUCCAUGUAGCGAAGGGAGCUAUGCCAGAUAAAGAGGUCGAAUUAGGAGUGCUUGAGACCGUCAGUCCCAAUGAUGAACUAGAGAAUCUUGUCUCUGUCGAUCCACCAUAGGAAGAACAAACCCCUGAGACUGUCAGUUCCAGUCAUGAUUUGCAUAACGUUGUCUCUGUGAGUCCACCUUCAUCAGAAGAAGAAAUCCAUGUAAUGAAGGUAACCACACCAGAUAAAGAGGUCGAACUGGGAGUGCU